AUGUCCUUGUGUGUGACUAUAAUCAACUUUGGAGCGCUCCGAAACCCGCCCUCCGUCGUCGCCUCAGACACUCGCACCCACUUCCCAGGCGGCGAGACUGGGUUGUUCCUUAGCGACCGCCACCAACUUGCCCGCAACCUGCCCGGAUCCGGCCGACCAGAGUGGGACGCCCGGGACGCCACGCCCAGGCCGAGGGCAGGCCCACCGGUGGGGCCGACCCGGGUGCGAGGCAGGUGGAUGGAGGCGCCUCCGGCUCCCGACUCCCGCCCCCUCCUCCUCCCCUUCCCCAGGUGGGCCAGCGCGCGCGGGCCGGGAGCAGGGAGGCGGCCUGAGGGCGGCGACGGCGGCGGCGCGGCCGGGCGGGUCCUGAGGCCACGGAGCGCGUCGGAGCGAGCGCACGAGAUCCGCGGCGCGCCUGCGCUCCCGGACGGGAGAGGCGCCCACCGGCCGCAGCGGAGGGAACCAGGGAGCGCCAGGGGUAGGGCCGCUCUCGCGUCGCCCCCAAGAGCCGCCCGAACGGCGGGGCCGCGGCGAGCAGCCGCGGAGGCCGAGGACCCGGGAAGGAGGACCCCGCAGACGCUCGCAGCCCGAGGGAACCAGCAGGGACCGGGCGGUCCUCGGCGACUUGGAAUGUUGACUCCAGAGGCGGCGCGCACGGUCAGGGCAAGUUUCUCGCGGUUCGAAAAGAAGGAGUCCUGCAACUGACACUCAUUUUAUUUAACUAGCUUUUCCUCUCUUAUUUAAAUAAGUUUAUUUAGACCAAGAGGAAAUGCUUCCCUGGAGUAUUUGGGGUUGAGAACAUUGUCCUGAAAGUUUUUGUAUGCUGAGGUUAUUUUUGUAUGUAUAUUUGUUAACUUCCUAUCUAAUUAGAAAUCCUUAAAAUAUUCUUAAAGGCGCAUUACAGGAUCGCUGUGGCGCUUGGGCAUCUUGUUAUCAAGUUAGUUAGAAUCUGUCUUCCAGGUGUGGGAUCAAAGCCAGUCCCUCGCGGAUGGGUUUUGCUUAUUAGGCUUUUGCGCGCUGAGUCUCACCAGGUUCUUAGAUCUUGUGUGGCUGAUUUGAGUAACGUGCUACCGCGAGGUUAUGGGGCCUCUACCAGUGUACGUGCUUGUGAAGUUUGUUUCCAAAGGGAAACAGGUGGGGAUGGAUCGUGCAGUUCUCUGCUCUGUCCUGCCUGGCUGAAAAUUUUCUCACGUGCCGAUAUUAGCUGCUUGAAGUUUAACUUCAGUCAGGGUGUGCCUUAGCUGCCCUUUGGUGAUGAGGGCCAAUUCACAAUAACUUACAGCUGCGACUCCUCUGACACCCACUCCACAAACUUCAGGUCUUUCUCAAGAUAUGGCCUGGCAUGUGGAUAGAAGUGCAUUCCUGCGGCAGGGAAGACCCGGAGAGAAGGGAUCGUAUAGUGCAGUGGAUGUGAGAGCAUGGGCGCUGGAGACAGAAAGGGUUUGCUUGCUUCCAUCUUCAUCACAUACUGGCCAUGGGCAAGUUUCUUAAAUUCUGUUCCUUAGUUUCCUCAUGUAUAAAAUGAGAAUUAUAAUACCUGUCUCAUCACU